AUCACUGCCACUUUUCUGAUUUUUGAUUAAUCAAAAGGAUUGUGAAAUAAAUGUCACUAAAAAUUCGAAGUAUAAAACUAUAAAAGUAAAUAAAUUGUUGUUAAAAAAGUAAUGGCUUGUGCAAGAUGCGGUUCUGGCAUAUACAAAACCGAGGAAUUUAUUUCGUUGAAUAAAGUGUGGCAUAAACAUUGCUUCAGCUGCUAUCAAUGCGCGAAACAUCUUGACAAGGACAAGGCAAAGGUUUUUCAAGGAGAGCUUUUCUGCGAAUUUUGUUAUAAUUCGGUUAUAAAAAAACUGUUCGAGGUACUCUCUCAAUCGUCGAUUUGUAGGCCCUGCAAAGUCGUUUCGUCUCCAAGUUGUGUGCCGAAUAAUAACUGCGUGAAGAAAAAUAACUGUGAAGAAGACUGCAAUAAGUUAUAUUGUUUUGAGAAAAUCCAAACAAAACCUAUCCGGUCCUGCAGUUGUAUACCGAGUAAACGUGAAGAAAAAAAUGAGUACUGUUUUUUGUUUCCAUUGCCUAGAGAAGUAGCCAAUUAUUAUAAUAGAGCUCACAUGAAAAAACAAAAGUGCUUAAAAUCGAGCUGCUGUCCACCGCCGGAACGAUGUAGUUCCUGUUGCAAAAAGCCUUGUUGCUGCCCUAUACAGAUCCGAACUUUGCCACCAAAUCCAUGUUGUUGUAGGUCUUGUUCGCCUCCCCCUUGCAAGCCUUGUUCACCUCCAUUAUGCAAGUCUUGUCCACCUACCACAUGCAGGUGCUGUUGUCCCAGAGAGAUAUGCCCUUCAUCAGAAUCGUCGAAUUGUUGUUGUCCAUCCCCAGAUCCAUGUUGCGCACCUAAAAGAUGUCCAACUCCUUGUCGCCGUCGACCCUGUUCCCCCCGGCCCCGCCUGCCGCCCAGACCGGUAUGUCGUCCGCCCUCGCCGCCGCAGCCGCCCUCUUGCUGUUGCGAGAAAUGUCAGCCGCGGUGCUGCAGAACAUGCGAGCCGCCCUGCUGCCCCAAGCCAAAGUACUGCACAUGCGGUACUCCCAGGCCGUGCAACUGCAAAAUGUCGCAAGUGAGGGCCCAGUGCACGGCGUACUGCGUACGAUGUUGUCAAAAGGUAUACGCUGCCGAAAAGAUUCAAGCUUCAUGCGGAGCGUACCACAGUAGUUGCUUCACAUGCAGUUGCUGCAACAAAUGUCUAGACGUAAAGAACUUCUACGAGGGCUGCGGAGAAAUCUACUGCAAACAAUGUUACAACCAUUUUUUCGGAAUUAAAUGCUAUGGCUUCGGAAGACUUAGUUGCUAACAGAACAUAAUAUCUAAUAAUCUAUUCUCACAUAAGCAUAAUAGGUAUUUGUUUUAAUAAAACCCAUGUUUCUUUGUUAUGUUUUA